AUGGACGAGGCUUUGAAAGACCUGCCCAAGGCAGUAUACCCUCUGUCGCCUCUAGAUAUCAUCGCUAGCCACCUUUACAUCUCCAAUUGUUUCUUCUUUGACAAUUCUACAGGCGAAGAUGGGUUCAAGCUUGAGCAACGCCUCCAUAGGGGCUUAUACCGAGCGUUACGGCAGUUUCCAAUUCUUGCAGGGGAAUUACAGCUCAGCGGCUUGAACGCAAUGAGCAUUGUUGUUAAUCCAGAGAGCCCCAACGUGCCAGGUUGGGAGACAACGACGAGCGAUCUUCCAUUUGGCGAGCUCAAACAGAGAGGCUUUCACUACAGUCAUUGGCCUUCGGAUCUUAAAGUGGAUGAUCCUUUGCUGCUUAGUGUUGGAGAUAAAAGUCCAGCAAAGCUCAUUCGCGUGCGGUUAUGUCGUUUUGCAAACAACGGCGGUAUCGCAAUCUUGGUUCGCAUUGCCCAUGCUGCGUGCGAUGCUAAGGGGGCUGUAGCCUUUAUCAACUACUGGGCAACUUGCUGCCGAGAUCUUGAGAGUCCAGGCAACACGUCACAACCAAAGCCAGAAGCCAUACUGAGCAGAGAUGCUAUGUAUCGGCAGUUGCCAGCUGCAGUACAGCACUCGCCGCUCCCCUGGAUGUUAUAUCCGCUGUGCCUGUUGCUGUCUCUUCUCCUAAGCAUUCUCGCUUUUUUCUUGAAGAAGAACUUGACAUUUGGUGACUCGGUUAGUCACUUGUUUACCAUUAACCGAAACAGUAUGGACGCAGUCAGGGAUAAAGCAAAGCAAUCAGGCAACAUCAUCUCCGACAAUGAUCUGAUCGUGGCACUCUUCACUAUGGCAUAUGCACAGAGCACAUCUGCGAGACCGGGCUCUGCCAAAGUCAAGGCCAUCGUCCCAUGCGACUUUCGGCAUCGUCUAGACAUACCAGAUACAUACGUAGGCAACUGCGCCGUUGGACUCUUCGUUACAGUGUCAACAGAUAAACUUUUUGAGCCUAUUUGCGACAAAUCUCUCAUCACAGUGGCUCUCGAAUGCCGCAAGGCCGUUGAUACAGCGGAUCGAAACACCAUCGAGCAGCUCAUCAAACGCGCCAUGCAGUCAAUCCGCCUACUCGGUAACAAGGCACGCGUUCUCUACUCUCUGAUGAUCUGCCAGGCUUUUUCAAAUCAAAGCCGGCUGGCUUUCUACUCCGUCAACUUUGGUCUUGGGCCGCCUGUUCUAGCUGUUCCUGUGGCCUACCCUCGUACACUCGCUGUUGUUGUGCCGUCACCCCCAUCAAGCGAUGAUAUAUACGUUUGGCUGUCUCUGCAAAGCGAACAGAUGCGACUGUUGAUGCAAAACGAAAAUUUAAGAUCGUUUGUAAGCAUUGCCUACUGA